AUGAUUAUAUCGCUGCUGACUCUGGAGGCUGUGUCCCCACCCACACCCCGUCCCCUGCUCGUCUCGGGGCACGGGUGUGGCCACCGGGGCAAGGGUGUGGCCACCGGGGCAAGGGUGUGGCCACCGGGGCAAGGGUGUGGCCACCGGGGCAAGGGUGUGGCCACCGGGGCAAGGGUGUGGCCACCCGGGCAAGGGUGUGGCCACCGGGGCAAGGGUGUGGCCACCGGGGCAAGGGUGUGGCCACCGGGGCAAGGGUGUGGCCACCGGGGCAAGGGUGUGGCCACCGGGGCAAGGGUGUGGCCACCGGGGCAAGGGUGUGGCCACCGGGGCAAGGGUGUGGCCACCGGGGCAAGGGUGUGGCCACCGGGGCAAGGGUGCGGCCACCGGGGCAAGGGUGCGGCCACCGGGGCACGGGUGUGGCCACCGGGGCAAGGGUGUGGCCACCGGGGCAAGGGUGUGGCCACCGGGGCAAGGGUGUGGCCACCGGGGCAAGGGUGUGGCCACCGGGGCAAGGGUGUGGCCACCGGGGCAAGGGUGUGGCCACCGGGGCAAGGGUGUGGCCACCGGGGCAAGGGUGUGGCCACCGGGGCAAGGGUGUGGCCACCGGGGAAGGGUGUGGCCACCGGGGCAAGGGUGUGGCCACCGGGGCCACAUGUGAGUGGUGGCGCCCCUGGUGGCGGGGUGCAGUACUACUCAGUCUCCCACGCCUCACUCCAACGUGAACACCUCGCUAACACAGAUGUGAGUUUAGAGACAACAGAAUCAGUAGAAAUAGGAUUAGAGACAACAGAAUCAGUAGAAAUAGGAUUAGAGACAACAGAAUCAGUAGAAAUAGGAUUAGAGACAACAGAAUCAAGACCGUGGAACACAACCAGAGACCGUGGAACACAACCAGAGACCGUGGAACACAACCAGAGACCGUGGAACACAACCAGAGACCGUGGAACACAACCAGAGACCGUGGAACACAACCAGAGACCGCGGAACACAACCAGAGACCGCGGAACACAACCAGAGACCGCGGAACACAACCAGAGACCGCGGAACACAACCAGAGACCGCGGAACACAACCAGAGACCGCGGAACACAGCCAGAGACCGCGGAACACAACCAGAGACCGCGGAACACAGCCAGAGACCGCGGAACACAACCAGGGACCGCGGAACACAACCAGGGACCGCGGAACACAACCAGAGACCGCGGAACAACCAGAGACCGCGGAACAACCAGAGACCGCGGAACACAACCAGAGACCGCGGAACACAACCAGAGACCGCGGAACACAACCAGAGACCGCGGAACACAACCAGAGACCGUGGAACACAACCAGAGACCGCGGAACACAGCCAGAGACCGCGGAACACAACCAGAGACCGCGGAACAUAACCAGAGACCAGACCGCGGAACACAACCAGAGACCGUGGAACACAACCAGAGACCGUGGAACACAGCCAGAGACCGCGGAACACAGCCAGAGACCGCGGAACACAACCAGAGACCGCGGAACACAACCAGAGACCGCGGAACACAUCCAGAGACCGCGGAACACAGCCAGAGACCGCGGAACACAACCAGAGACCACGGAACACAACCAGAGACCGCGGAACACAGCCAGAGACCGCGGAACACAACCAGAGACCGCGGAACACAACCAGAGACCGCGGAACACAACCAGGGACCGCGGAACACAACCAGGGACCGCGGAACACAACCAGAGACCGCGGAACAACCAGAGACCGCGGAACAACCAGAGACCGCGGAACACAACCAGAGACCGCGGAACACAACCAGAGACCGCGGAACACAACCAGAGACCGCGGAACACAACCAGAGACCGUGGAACACAACCAGAGACCGCGGAACACAACCAGAGACCGCGGAACACAACCAGAGACCGCGGAACAUAA